AUGGCUGCACAGUUGACUCAGGAGCAAAGGGCGCAGUACAAGGAGGUGUUUGACCUCUUCGACAAGGAUGGAACAGGUGACAUCACCGCCCAGGAGCUUGGCGAGGUGAUGAGGUCCCUGGGCCUCAACCCCAGCGACACCGAGUUGAACGACAUGGUCAACGAGGUCGACGCCGACAACAACGGCACCAUUGACUUCAACGGUGAGCUCGAAUCACCUCCGCCCUCCGCAAGACCCCUCUUCCAUAUGGAACAUAUGCUGACGGACUUUCCUCCAGAGUUCCUCAACUUGAUGGCGCAAAAGGUGCAGGUCGGCGAUGCCGAGGAGGAGCUCAAGAACGCUUUCAAGGUGUUUGACCGCGACGGCAGCGGCACCAUCUCGGCCGAGGAGCUGCGCCAUGUCCUCACCUCGCUCGGUGAGAACAUGACUGCGGCGGAGAUUGAUGAGAUGAUUCAAAUGGCCGACAAGGAUGGCGAUGGAUCAAUUGACUACGACGAGUUCGCCUCGAUCAUGAUGAGAGAGUAA